UUGUGUCACUGUGUGGCCCGGUGGAGGAAAAGACACCAACUGAUGUCACGUGUGAAGUGACCGCUCCUGAAAGCACAACCAUCCUGUGGAAAUAUGAACUAGAUAAUGGCUUUGUGUCGGGACCCGUAGCAACGUGUGACCUGGGGCAGAGUUGUGACGUCCCUGCCAGCUCGUACAGCAAAGCCUGAUGUCCCAAAAAUCGAUGAACCACAGUUGCUGAACAGUACACACCUUAGGUUGUUCGCCUACUCCCAACGUGCGUAUCCAUCUGCCAAAUGUCUGUUCUAUUUGAGGGAGCUACAGGGAGAGGAGACGCGUUUACCGGACGAAGGCGUCCGUUAUACCACCAUACCCAUCGGGAGUGACGGCGAUGUGAUUGUAGAGUGCGAACUUAUGUUGCCCGUGACGUUCGUUAGUGCGGCCAUACCCUCGUUCAAGGUCACCAUGUACCCGGACUUUACAGACAGUCGCCCUGCAGAUGGGGUCAACAGCUCCUACACUGUCCCUAUUAUUUGUUCCCCUAUCGACCUGCAGUGGACCCACAGGAGGCUGCAUUGAUGAGAGCCCCUCUCACGCAAGCGCGGAGAUUUCAAGUGAAGACCAGUUCGGCUAUUACAGCACUCUCACCCUCCAUGGGAUCAAUCGAGCAUGGCUCCCUAGCGGCGCGAAUUUGUCGUGUGUCUCUGGAAAUUCCAACGUGAUUAGCUUUUGCAAGCUUCAUAUCGUUACCAAGCCUAGCCCUCCAGUCUGUGAGAAUCCUCAGCUGUCUCCAAACCAGAAAAGCCUCUCUGUGACGUGUGACGUAGCUGAGGUGUUUCCUGAAGCGACAUGUAAUUUCGACAUCCUUUCUGGGAAUAUCACCUUCACGGUCACAUCUCCUGGUGUUCACCAAGCGUUUAACAACUCUGCAGGCGCAACCAGCUAUUCUCUGACAUGUGUGCUCAAUAUCAAUUUGAGAGAGCUAGGGACUGGCUCGCAUCGGUUCAGAGUUGAGGUCAUCCCAGAUUUAGCUGACGUCAAACUGUACCCAGAACCGUAUAGCUCAAAGAGCGCGUUCACAGGCCCUGUUACUCUCAUGCCCCCUCCUGGCCAGCCAGCGAUCACAGUGGGCGGGAAGAGUGGAGGAGAAAUAACGGUCAAACCAGACUCCCCUGUCGAAGUGAAGUGUCACGUACAAGGCGGCUUCCCUCCUGUGGAUGAUGUGACCUUGGCCUGUGGGAGCUCGGGUCGGACGACGAGUGUGGGUGACUCCGCCUCUCACGUCAUCACCUUACAUGAGGGCGGGGCCAGCGUGCUUUGUACGUGCACGGCCACACACUCGACAAAUUGCUACGCCCGGACUUCUGAGGUCAGGCUGACUCCAGAGGGCCCACAAACCUCGGGAAGUGAUCUGGAUAUCGCUGUGAUAGCAGGGGCCGCCGGUGGAGGCGUGGUGAUACUACUGAUCGUGGUGUCCACCAUCUGUGUCUGCCGCUACCGCCGGAAGUACAAGGAAGCUGUAGCCUCCAAACCUGACGGGGACUACGACCCAAUGAGAUCCUCCAGACACGACUGGGAUAAUCCCUAUCUGGAGCCGGAAAUUUAUGACACGAUUAAAGAUGAUGGAUACGAAGUGCCUCCAGACCCGGAAGACCCGAGUUCCAAUACCUUUACCAGUGACUACAUUGAUGUAAUUGAACCACCCCUGCCACCUCCCCCUCCGCCUCAUAGAUCAUUCAAAGAAAAGGAAAACGAUUACCUUUUCCCUAUCUAAAUCCCAGCCUCAGUCUCAUGCAGAGGUUGGACAAGGUUGAUUUUACUCAUCUCUGUUCUGAAAAUCUACAGGACAGGAAACAUAUCAGGCACAGAGUAUUUGUGUGGUUGGAGGAGGGGAGAGUUAUUUGUUGGUAAAUUGAUUUUAUAAGCAUUUUUCGUGGCCCUUUUUGGGGGGGGGGGGGUUAACAUCACUAAUUCCAAUAGUCCAGGUCAAUUCUAAAGAGGACCCUAGGUCCUCGACAGAAUAAAGGAUAAAAUAUAAGCUCAGAAAGGGGGAAAACAAUUAAAACCUCUUUUGGGUUUGAAUUGACGGUAUACAUUUUUCUCAUUUCCAAUCAACUGAGAGACCUAAGUUAGCUAUUUCAUUUUGCUAUCACUGGUUCUGUGUCUGUGACCUCAAUAUUUAUAGAAAGUAUAAUAUGUUUGACGUAAAACUAAAUAAAACAAAAUUAAAAAGCACAACAACAACAACUGCACCAUAAAAAGAAGAACUUUUAAUUGUUUUAAAAGUUUAUCACGCAAAAAAUGACCUCCUGGCCUUUAAUUGUCGCCCAUAUGACGUCAAUGGGUGCAGGAAUUUGCAAACUGUCGAUGAGCUCAGCUCUUUAGAUCAUAUUUUCGUCCAUUUGGAGGAUGUUGAAGAGUCAUUCCUAGCGAAUCAAUGCUCAACCUCUAAGGUAUUUCUCAUUUUGAUACUUGCUGCAUGUACAUUCUCUUUUCAUUCUCGUUUAGUUCGUUGUUUUUCCAAAUGUCUUGAAUGUGCUUCUUGAACAUGCUCAUAUAUACACAGCUUUUUGGCCUUUAAAAAUUCGUGGUGUCCUUAGCGGGUUCUAUUUCCAUAGCUGUCAGAAAAAUGGAUUCAAAGAUCCACACUCUUACAGCUAAAAGUGUUUAUACCCAUUUUGUUAAGUUUCACACUGAAAAAAUACAGGUUAGACUGUCUUGAUCCUUUGAUUUAAUUGCAGGACAUCUGCUGUGUCAACAAUGUGCAGUGUAUAAUUCAAUGGAGUAAGAACCUUGUCAUUUUAAGGGCACGAAUAUCUAUUUAUCAUUCCCUUUUCUCCAGUGUUGACCCAAUUGCGAGUAAAUCAAAAUGUUUUUUUGUGUGUGAUUGUAAAUAUUAUGUUACGCCACAAUUGACACAUGUCAUUUAGACAAGUUUGUGCCUGUCAGGGUCAGCUCUGAAUGAUUGGAAUACAGUAUCACAGCAGACAGACGGAGAUACAUAGACAUGAUAAAACUCCAUUUGCGAGAAUCAAACUAAGGUCUUCUGUGUGUGACAGGGUAAAGCCUACACGUCACCCCAACAGGUGCUGGCGUGUAAACUGUUUUAAAGUAAGCCGACACUGUAAGACAUAAAUGAUUUAUUUCACAAAGAACACUAUAAAUUUUACUACCACC